GUUCCAGACUCUGACGAUGAAGACGAACAAGAGGUGUGUGGUGAAGAGGUGUGCAGAGUAUGUGGCGCCGAGAAGGCAGGAAUGCACUACGGGACCGUCUCUUGUGUAGGAUGUAAGGGUUUUUUCCGUCGGGCGCUUAUGAAGGCCGAUCAACUCGAAUGUCACGCAAACGGCAACUUUUUUGUUUCAGAUUUCCGAACUCAGUGUCGAAGUUGUCGAUUUGAGAAGUGCUUAGAGGCCGGUAUGAAGCCUGAAGGUAAGAAUUAUUGUUCUCCAAAGCCCAUAAAUAAAAGCGACUGGAUGAAAAAACUGACGGUUGAGAUGAGAACGUUGCUGAUGAACUUAUUAAAUAUCGAAGCAAAAGUGAUGAAGGGUGACACGAAUGUAGAUGCUUCACAGUUAUAUCCAUUGCGAGUAAACAGACUUCGAGAAAUCAUUGCCGAUCCAACUAAGCUGAAAGGUAAACGAUGUGAGAUGCGUUAUGAACCAUUUCGUAUGGCAAAGAAUAAUGAGCUAUCCAUGGUGGCCUACCGACGGCUUAUCGCCGCAAUCGAUUGGGUGGAGCAUCUUUCCGUGUUUAUAGGUGGCCUAAGUGUUGACGAUCGAGUGGCUUUGGUAAAAAACGCUUUUGCUCCACUUAUGGUGUUCAAAUUCGCGUGCCGAACUGCUGAGGCGGCAAAGGACAAAAAUAUUCUUUGUCUUUGUAACUUCUCCUAUGUUCCGAGAAAUAUAUCCGCGGCAUUUUCCGACAGUUAUCAUCUUGGAAACGGCCUCGUUGAUCGUGCCUUAGACGAAUUGGUUCAGCCAUAUCGCGCCUAUGGAAUGCGAGAAGAGGAAAUCGUGUGCAUGAGCGCUUUGAUCGUUCUCAAUCCAUUAGCGCGAGAUUUAUCAGUGGAGGCAUUCGAUAAGAUUCUGGAGCUUCGAAAUAAAAUCGAGGAUGCAUUGUUUGUCGUCAUAAAAGAGGCACGUAGUACUCAACAUCCGGCCGUUUGUUUUGGACGCAUUCUUCUAUCGUUACCCAUUGUCACGAUGUUGGCGAAUAGCAUGUGUGAGAACCUGCAAUUCGCUCAGAUAUUCUCUAAUUCUGGAAGGAUCCCGUUGCUGACCGAUCUUUUCGGGUACGUUCAGACGAUUGAAUGUUGA